UAGUGUAUCGCUAGAGUUUGGCGCGCGCGGAAGCAUGAACGCCAACGCUCAACGUUCUUGACUGUGGAAUAUUACGAUACUGUGUUGUAUGAAUUGCUAAUUCCUUUGUCUAGCUAGCGAUAAUUGGUGCGAUUUGGCCGUGACCUUCGAUUGAACAGAAUGUCCAUUGCUGACGAGGAUCCCCUGGUCUUAGACACUGAUGACAAUGCCGUGUCACUGGAAUCUGGUGAAUCGCCUACACCACCCACGGCAAGACGUCUGCCAUCGCUUAUACUGGAGCCCGCUGUCUUUCUAGUAUUCUUUGGCAGAUUUCUAACUGAUGCGGCAUAUCAAAAUCAGAUUCUCUACCAGACCUGCGUCACUGUCAUGCAACACAAUGAAACCGAAUGCGAGCCGUUUCUGGGCAGAGAUCGUGCCUCGGAUGAGGUCAAAAAGAUCGAGGCGCAGGUGCAAGCGUAUGCGGCCAACAUAAUGAUGAUCAACGCCAUCCUCGAGAGCACCAUUCCAGCCAUUGUGAGUCUGUUCCUCGGCCCCUGGUCGGACAAGUUCGGGCGGCGUCCCAUACUGCUCUCCACAUUCACGGGUUUCCUGUUAAGUGCAGGCAUUCUGAUCGUGCUAACCCAGAUAGCGGCGGUCACAAACAUCAAUCCCUGGUGGUUCCUGCUCGCCGCGGUGCCGUCGGUGUUCAGCGGUGGAACCUGUGCCCUCGUCACCGUCCUGUACUGCCACGUAUCCGAUGUGGCCACGGAGAGCGCGCGAGCCAUGCGAAUGGUUUCCAUGGAGGCGUCCCUAGGGCUGGGCAUGAUGGCGGGAAGCAUGGCCGGCGGCUAUAUAUAUGCCGGAGUCGGUGCUGCGACGCUUUUCAUCCUAGUGGGUUCCCUCAUAGCCGUAGCCCUGCUCUACAUCAUCUUCCUUGUGCCCGAGAGUCUCAAGCCGGAGAACUUGCAGUCUGAGUCACGGAUACGUGGGUUCUUCCGUUUCGAUCUGGUCAAGAAUCUGGUGAUGACCUGCUGCAAGAAGCGUGAGAACUACGAUAGGGCCAUCAUCUGGAUGGUUAUGAUGUCCCUGACCUUGAGCAUCUUCGCAAUGGAGGGCGAGGGCACAGUCAACUACAUGUUCGUGCAGAAGGAGUUCAACUGGGAUGUCACGGACUACAGCGAGUUCAACACCUCGCGGAUCGUCAUCCAGGUGGUGGGCAGCAUUAUCGCGAUGGUUCUGCUGCUACGCCUGCUCAAGGUCUCGAUCGUAACGAUGACAUUGUUGGCGUUCGGUUGCUGUGUCCUGGAGGGCACUGUUCGGGCAACGGCUGUGCAUGGUCAGGAGAUGUAUCUGGGCUUGGUGCUGGGCAUGUUGCGCGGUGUCAUGAGUCCCAUGUGCAAGGCCAUUCUCUCGCAGCUGACGCCAAGCUCGGAAAUAGGUAAAAUAUUCUCUCUGACCACUUCGCUGCAAUCGCUCUCUCCCCUGGGCGCUGCACCGCUCUACGCGGCCGUAUACCAGGCCACGGUGGCGUCCUAUGCAGGAGCCUUUAACUUCAUCAGCGUGGGCCUCUACUUUCUGUGCUACUGUUUUUCGGCCACCGUCUUUGGCAUGCGGAAAUCAAUGGACAGCAAUGCUGCCUAUCAGGCAUUCGGAAGUUGAUCAAGGACCGCAAACUAAGGAUGUAGAUAAGUGCCAAAUCGAUCUGUGCUAUCAAUCAUCAAAGAAGCUUUGAACAAAAGCAUUGAGUGUUAAUACAGUUUAAAAUUGAAAGUGAUGCUGUGAGCCUAAGAUAAUCUUAGAAAAUAUAUUAAAAUGUAAUUAAAUAAACUUGUAUUUAUAUAAGAUAAGAUCAGUUUGACUGGAUGAUCGCUUCCCACACAAAUUAAACACGCAAUU